CUCCAGUUCCAGUUAACCAAAUGCAUGUUAGACUAGUUUGGCUGCAAAGAAGAACUCUGUGUACGCUGGGGGCAACACCUGAUUCCUGUCAGGCUGCAGAACUGGGCUGACAUCAGAAUCCAAACACCCUCUGGUGAGGAGCAGCCUCCUCCUCCUCGGGGCAUCCUUUCUAUCAGAGACGGGAGACGAGACUGGCUAAGCCACUGUUGGUUCUGCUAAGGGUUCAUGCCGGUGGCUUUCUCACAUGGAGGAUGAAGGGACAGAGUAAUGGUCUGAAGAAUUCGCCUGCCAGCCGCCCUCCCCGGUUGUCCGUCACAACCAGUACUGAAGAUGAUCCGGAGCGGACCGAGCUCAGCUCCAGCAGAGCUCUGUCUGCAGGUGAUGAUACCUCCUCAGAGCUGCAGAGGGUGGCUGCGUUGGACAAUGCAGAUCAGCCAGACCGCUCCACCUUCCAAGGGAGAGGAGCUCUGUCCAGGAUAGUCCGGCUGGUCGUGGUGCUCAGAGACUGGGCUAACAAAGGCUUGCGGGAGGAGGAGCAAAGGCCAGACUCGUUUCUCGAGCGGUUCCAUGGCCCGGAGCUCCAGACGGUGACCGAAGGAGAUGGCAACGCCCAAGGGGACCAAGAAAAUGAUGGCAGCAAACGCAAAAAGAAGAAAUGGGAGCUCUUUGUGGUGGAUCCUGCUGAAGACUGGUAUUACCACUGGCUGCUUGUCAUUGCAGUGCCCGUCCUUUACAACUGGUGUUUACUUGUGGCAAGAGCCUGUUUCAGUGACCUCCAGAGGGACUACUGGAUCCACUGGCUGGUGCUGGACUAUGUCUCGGAUGGUAUCUACGUCGCCGAUAUUGUCAUUCGGCUGCGCACAGGUUUUUUGGAACAGGGUCUGCUGGUCAGGGACCCAAAGAAGUUACGGGAUAACUACAUCACCACCUUACAAUUCAAGCUGGACGUCCUCUCCAUCUUGCCAACAGACUUGGCCUACCUUGCAGUGGGAUUACAUCAGCCUGAACUACGCUUCAACCGGCUGCUGCACUUCUCCCGCAUGUUUGAGUUCUUCGACCGGACCGAGACCAGAACCAGCUACCCAAAUAUCUUCAGGAUCAGCAACUUGGUUCUCUACAUCCUGAUAAUCAUCCAUUGGAACGCCUGUAUUUACUAUGCCAUCUCCAAGGCCAUUGGGUUUGGGACAGACACCUGGGUGUACCCCAAUAUCACCGACCCUGAGUAUGGCUAUCUCGCCAGAGAAUAUGUCUACUGCCUCUACUGGUCCACUCUGACCCUGACCACCAUUGGGGAGACCCCGCCCCCGGAGCGCGAUGAGGAGUACCUCUUUGUCAUUGUCGACUUCCUCAUUGGUGUCCUGAUCUUCGCCACCAUCGUGGGGAAUGUGGGCUCCAUGAUCUCCAACAUGAAUGCCACCAGGGCAGAGUUCCAGGCCAAGAUAGAUGCCAUCAAGCACUACAUGCAAUUCCGCAAGGUCAGCAAGCACAUGGAGGCCAAAGUUAUCAAGUGGUUCGACUACCUGUGGACCAACAAGAAGGCUGUGGAUGAGCGUGAGGUUCUCAAGAACCUCCCUGACAAGCUGAGGGCGGAGAUUGCCAUCAACGUCCACCUGGAGACUUUGAAGAAAGUGAGAAUCUUCCAGGACUGUGAGGCUGGUCUGCUGGUGGAGCUAGUGCUGAAGCUUCGACCACAGGUUUUCAGCCCAGGAGAUUACAUUUGCCGGAAGGGGGACAUUGGCAAGGAGAUGUACAUAAUCAAGGAAGGAAAGCUGGCUGUGGUGGCAGACGAUGGUGUGACUCAGUAUGCUUUACUCACCUCAGGAAGCUGCUUUGGCGAGAUCAGCAUCCUCAACAUCAAAGGGAGCAAAAUGGGCAACCGGCGCACGGCCAACAUCCGAAGCCUUGGCUACUCCGAUCUCUUCUGCCUGUCGAAGGAUGACUUGAUGGAAGCAGUGACCGAGUACCCUGAUGCCAAGCGGGUCCUGGAGGAGCGUGGCCGGGAGAUCCUGAUCAAGGAAGGGCUUCUGGAUGAGUCUGCAGCUGCAGAGAGCUCGGAAGGGAAGGACACUGAGCAGAAGCUGGAGAGGCUGGAGUCCCACCUGAACAUGCUGCACACCCGUUUUGCCCGGCUCCUGACUGAGUACAAUGCUGCCCAGCUGAAGCUCAAACAGCGCAUCACUGCCUUGGAGUCCAGGGUAAAGCAGUACAACCAAGAGGAAUUCUUCUCAGACAGCUCAGACAGCUCCUUGGAGGAUGAAGAAGUAGCUAAAUUCAAAGGACAAGAGUGAGGGCCACAGAUGUUAGCUCUGGCUGUGUGUGCACGGUGUUGAAAUGGUAUUUCCAGGAAUGCAUUGCUCCCACUGCCUUAUAUGAGACGUAUCUCGAACCCAUAGAAGUGCUGCUGCUGCCUUGGAUGGCUGGGAACUGAGUAGAGAGCAGUCAGGUGACUCCAGUAGCUCUCACUCAGGUUUCUCUCUCUCUCCUUGUUGCCUUUAUCCAAGACCUCACAGAUCAGUAA